AUGCCGAUGGCCGGUGGUUCCAACUUGUAUGAUAUUUUCGAUCAGCCAUCUCAUGGUCGUCUGACGAAUGAUCAGCAUGCUGCCGGGGGCGAUGGCGAAAUGAAUCUAGGUAGUGGAAUUUCGCUCAGCGCUGCUUCAGCUUUCGACACAAUGCUUGAGAUGCUUCCCGAUAAUACAGAUUUCUCGUUCUUCGGCAACACGAAUGGGUGCGAUACGCCUAAAAAUGAGUCUCGUUCAAACUCUCGCAAGGGUUCCAUGUUCCGCGAUACCGUGAACGGUUCAGGACAGAUGCCUUCGCAAAUGCAGAAUGAGUUUGACAGCGUUUUGGAUCGAAUAAGCACAAAGGAUAUUAUUGUUGAAGGUGGUGCAAACCAGAUGACGCAAGCUAUUGAAAUAGCAAACCAGCAGAACGGUGAAAUUACGCAGCUGUGGGAUUUCAACGUGGACGACUUUAUGAUGACACCGGAGGGCUCUGGAUCGGCUACCAUAAGUGCCCCAAAUAGCUUUAUCUCUGAGGGUCAACUACACUCUACUGGCGCUCCGGGAGUGCCGUUGAUGUCAGUUUCGAGCAACUACCAGAAUGGCCCCUUAGAUCCUAUGAGUGUGGGAAAUAACUUCAGUCAAUUCUUAUCUACAGGCAUCCCAUUCCCAAACCAAGGAGCUGCAACACUGUUUAAUCGUUCAGCAUCAUCGUCUCCAAAAUAUAAUGGUUCCCAAAUAACUCUGAAGAAAGAAGAAUCAACAAACUUUCACAGACCUCCGUUGGGCGGCAGAAGAUCUUCGAUGCAGUUGAGCAAAUCGGUUCACACGGAGGACGGUGGCAUUUAUAUCAGUACAGCGAAUGGUGCGAGCUCAGUGAGGAAGAACUCUCUAGGAAGGCAGAUCUCUUCCACGUCACUUUCAUCUUACAAGCGUGGAAGUUCAUCGGCAGUACCAGAAAUCCAGAGGAAGCCAUCACUCUCGUGCUUCAACUGUAAGACUCAGAAAACACCCCUUUGGAGACGCGACUCACAAGGAAACACUCUAUGUAACGCCUGUGGUUUGUUUCAAAAGCUACAUGGAACCAUGAGACCGCUUUCGCUCAAAACGGACGUCAUCAAGAAGAGGAAUAAUAGAAAGAGGGCCAAAAAACAACAAGAACAGGCAGAGAAAGCAAACGGGUCAAGUGACAGCAAGAGCAGUCAAAAUACAAGUGACAAGAAAGCCGUUAGUGGUACAACGAGUAAUGCACCUACGCCGCCGAAAAAUCCAAGGUCACGUAAAAAGUCAUCUCAGCCCUCGAAUAUGAAUACUUUGACAAACGACAGCACGCUAUCUCUAGCUGAGUCACAAAAUUCAAUGAGCGCCAAUGACGGGAAGUAUGACUUGGGGAUGUCUUACAAUGCACCAAUUGGCACAUACUCGCCAAACAAUUUAGAGAGUCUCAAUCCAAACAAUCUAAUCACACACAACAAAAAAAUAGCAAAUAUGAAUUCAUCAACUUCCCGAAAACCAAGAAGAGAUAGCACAUCAUCCAAUAAUUCAUGUUCGAGUAAAUCGUCUUCAAGAUCUGUCGUGCCGAUCUUACCAAAGCCGUCCACGAACACGGGUAAUCCUUCCUCUUUUAGCAUGGGUUUCAGCACAUCAACAAGCGCGGGAAAUAGUGCUGCCUCAUCUCCAAGGGUUGUUGGACCAUCGUUGAAUCCGUCGAGUCCAAUGACUCCUUCACAGAAUGCCUUUUCAACCUCUACAAGCAGGCAAGGUAUCAGUAUACCGAGACAAAAGUUAUCACGCAAUCACUCGUCGUCUUCUUCAUCAUUUAUGGCAGCCUCUCUUCAGCAACUUCAGCAGCAGAACCAACAGAAUCAGCAAAAUUAUCAACCGCAGCAGCUGCAAACUUCCAACGAUUCUAUUGCACAGUCAAACAACUGGAACUUAGCCUCGGCCGGAGCUUCUCCAGCCGUUGCACGUUCGCCUAAGACCGGUUUCGAUUUGUUCAAUAGCCCAAGUAAUUCUCCUGGUGUCCCUUCCGGUAAGAAGUCACAAACGUCGUUGCUAUCUCAGCAAUUACAAAAUUCGAGCAGCUCUCAGGCGAAUCACAAGCCCGAAUCUACUACCAAUGAGAUUACAACCAAUGGCCAGCAUCAGCAUCAGAACUCUAUGACCAAUUCUCCCCAACCGCUCUCAUUGAGGAGAUCGUCGGUUGCUGCCUCUCCACGUAAUAGUUAUGCUGAUUCAGUCAUGCAGCAUCGUGGUCUCUACGACAGCAAUCUCACACUCAGAAGACAGUCCUCACUUGGACUCAGAAGAAAUGCCCACUCCAGAGAUCAGGUAUUGUCGCCCAACGCAGAGCUUAUUGGUGUUGGAAGCACUCAUACCAGCACCGUUAGCACGCCCACCACCUCGGCCACUGUCACAUCAGUGACUGCCACCACUGGAAAUGAUAGAAGUUCUUCGGCUUUAAACAGUGCCAUAUCUGAUGAACUGGACUGGCUGAAAUUCGGAAUGUGA